GAAAGAGAGGACGCUCGUCUCGCUCCCGCCUUAAAACUAACCUUGAAUAACGUAAACCGGCUGUUUAUGCAAUAUUCCAUUGAAAAAAGUGUUUAAAUAUCGUUUCCGUGCUUGUUCUGAGAUUUAAGGAUUAUUAGAAAAUGACGGAGGAACGGAUAAAUAUUCAGGACACAUGGACUCCUUACAAGGAAUUACAAAGUCUUGUGGAAAAUUAUGUUACAUCAUUUUCAAGUACUCAUGACCCACAAUUUCAUGAAUUUUCCGAAGCCUUGAGAAAUCAUCGACAGAAUUUUUUAACCCUUCUCAAAAACCUGCCAAAGAGUCAAAAAUGCCGUGAGGAAAUUUUGAAGGGAGACGUGGAUGGAAUUACGUCUCCUGCCUUGGGACAUCAGUUAUUGUCAAAGGACUUGAUAGAUGAGACUUUGAUUAUAUCGGACAUGUAUAAAUUAAACGAGUACAUAGCUUUAGAUCUUCUAUACACAGCACAAUUGCAAAUGCCCUUUCACCCGGGUUUGACGAGAGGAUUGACUGCUGUACUCUUGUAUUACGAUGGAAGAAAAGCCCUCACGUCGGCCCUGAGGACUCUGGUGCAGGCGAGAGUCGGACACAGUUGGAUGCUUGACAUUCCUCUUCUCUUAACGAAACAAAUCACUGAAUACACAAAUAGACUCCAGGAGGAUGGACUAUUGGACAGGAUUGUUGCCCUUAUCGAAGAAAUGGAUCCCAUGAAAGAACAAGAUUUAUUGCAACAAAAUCGAGCACUGGGUGGAUCAAAACAUCAUUACAUGGUGAUGAAACUCUUCAAUGACACUCGGCAAGAUUUAGCCGACAUUCUCUACAUGUGGUCAGCCCAGUCGUCACUUCCAAGCACAAUCACAUUCAGUCUCAUUGCCUUCCUGCAAAAUCGUCAACCCGAAAUUGAAGUCGGCGAAGGAAAGCCUGACAAUUUCACACUUUCCUUAAUCAUGGCUGUUCUAAACGCAAUGAACCUCAGUCCACUUCACAGUCGGGAGGACGGAGAGGAAAUCGUGAAAUCAAUGCCAAUAAUUUCCGAGAGGGGAAUGCUGGAGGAGCUCGUCCAGAAAUUGACGACCGGAAACAUUGCCUGGGAGAGCGCUGGACUCCGGGGUUUGCUUCAAUUUGUCUUGGCAAUUGCAGUGACGACAAUAAAAUCGGCUCCGAAUUUGUGUCCAAAUCAAAUCAUCACCAAGGAGGACGAAAUUUUAGUGGAGGCGGCAGUUUCAAAUAAGGCGUUUCACUUCGUCGUCGAAGUACUCUUUCAAAAUGAACAAUUCUAUAUGGAGGAAUUCUUUGUGCGCUAUUUUCACACUCUGAUUUCGGACUUUAUUCUCCUGAUGCCGUUGAAAGUGAAGGAGUUGAGAAGCAGAGCCGACGAGUCGAUGCGACUGAUUCAGGCGUAUCAGCAGGAAGGCAUCGAACCGCCAAUGAAUCUCGACGAUCACUUCGAAUAUUUGAUGCUGAUGGUCGCGGAAUUGUAUAAACAGGAUCCUUUGAAUUUGAACUUGGCUAUUGACUUUUGGUGUCAACCUUCGGAAGCCUCUCAUGUUUCGAAUGCCCUGCACAGCAGUCGAUUGCCCUCGAGACAAGCUGCUCUGUUCAAGUUCGUUCGUUUGGCUGGUGAAAUUUUGCCGGCUGGUUUAUUUGUGCCUUAUUUAAAGAUGCUCUCCUCUUUGGCUUCUUCGCCGCAAGCUGCACGACAGGUCUUCAAUUUUCUCAAACCAAAUGGAACAACAGGAUCGUCUACAAUUUCCUGGGACCACUUUUUCACGUCAUUGGGUCGUUACUACUACAAUCUCCGUCAAGAAUUACCCCCCACUCAAGACACAAUUUAUCGACAAAGAAUUCACCCCAAAGGAAUCACGCCCCACGAGGUGAAGGGUCUAGAGGCAGUUUUGCUGGUGGUUCAAGUGGUGGCGAAAAAUGACGAAAUGUCACGUGUCGCACUGUGCGAUCAUCCAGGAUGGAAAGUCCUGCCGUCACUGGUUGGUCUCGUGGGUUGCGCCAUGCCAAUUCCUCUCAAGGGCGUCUUGGUUCGAACACUCGCAGCUCUCGCCAGAUCGCCGGAGAGUUCAACCACCGUCUGGCAAAGUUUGGAAGCCGCUCAAAUUCUCUCCACAAUUCCCUCGACCAGCAGCUAUCAACCCAGAGGGGUGCAAACCGAACUCGAGGAAAUCGAGUCCAGAAACGAAGAAUAUCCCCUCACUAGAGCAAUGCUCGAACUCAUGGAUGUUCUCACUGACUUUCCAAUUCCGAGACUGCUAGGAGUCGGACAGAGGAAUCCGGGUUUCGAUCCUUAUCUACUGUUUAUCAUCAACACUGUAUUUUUGAGAUUCAAUACUCGGUCGUACAAAAAUCCGGUGGAGAAGUGGCAAGUGGUUAAAGUUUGCUUGAAGGUUUUUUAUAAAUUGAUCAAACAGUACGAACCGUCUGUGGAGGACUUUGUGGGUUGUAAGGUUGAACUACAAGGAGGGGAGUCGACUCUCGUUAAUCCCAAUCCUGGUUAUCAUCUCCUGAAACAGUUGCACUCCAACUCUGAAUUUCUACACGUCCUGCUUUACAUUCUCGACGAAGGGUGUCGUCAUUUCGAGACUUACGAUUCGUUUUCAGGAAAGAAAUAUCUGGAAGAGAGUACUCUCCACUGCCUGGAGAUAUUGGAACAGGGUCUUCGGCUGCAGCAUCAGUAUAUGGCAAUCGACUCGUCAUCCUUGAGUACAUCGACGAACAAACUCUCAACAGGAUUAUCGCGUCUCCUCUUGGGAGUGAAUCCCCGAACGGGAAAACCCGAUCACAUGAUAAAUGUCGCAAAAUACAUCUCCUACAAUUCUUGGCUGCGAAGACACGCCUUCGUUGCCGUUGGUGUCAUUCAAGCUGUGUCGAGUGAGCCCGGCGCUGACUCUGAAUUACUCUCGACCUUCACAUGCACGUCAUUGUUGGCGACGAACAUCAGACACGGAUUCGUUGAGUGUUUGGAAAUGGAUGACAAUGUCGAGUUGGAGGACGAACUGAGCAAAGAGAAGCAGCAGAUGGGACAUUGUAAGGAGAGAAUUUUAAUGUUGAUGAUGCAGAGUAUUACACGACCUGCUCCAAAUCUAGCCCACUUUCUUUUGGGAUUCGACAUCAGUAAGGAUAUCAGGAAGACGAUCAUUCAGCAACCGGGAAUUCUUGGAUUUCCGAGAACUUGUCUUCAUUCCAUAUUGGGAAUUCUCGAAUUGUCUUUGGAAAGAGGUCGCGAUCGAAUUACAGAAGCUUCGUACUGGUUCCUUCAUACAUUGUCAGCUAACACCAAAACUUCAAUGCCGAUUUUGAGAUUCCUCAGGACGGCAACUAAUCAAGAUUUUGUGCAACGGCAUCUUUCUAAAUUACCUUUCCAAGGACCAAAUAGAGGAACUGAAUUAGCUUGCAUGUCGUGGUUAUUAAAAAUAGCAGCGAUCGAAUUGAGAGUAGGUGGAGGAUCCUUGCAAAAUUCUUUGAUUCAAAAACUAAUCGGAAGUCACGGUCAAGAUCGAAGUCAAGUUGCACCGUCGCAGAAACUCCUCAUGGAUCUUCUUCACUACAUCGAUUUCCAAUUGAAACUCGAACCUUCGCGAUCCUGGGAAUUCUUCGAUCCCAAUCAAGUGGAAAUGGUCCUUGGACGUUGCAGUGUUUCCGUCGCAUUGACAGGUGGACCACAACUCAUCGACGUUAAAAAAUUACACGCCGUGAUAACCGAGGAACUCGCGGUAACUCAAAGCAGCGCAACAGCCUCUCAACGGAAAUUAAUGCAACAGGAACUCGAGUCGAUUCUCGCCUACGCUCUCAAGCGUAAUCAAACAAAAACCCUUUCAUACUCGACAGUGAAGUUCGUUGAAGGUUGGUGUCAGACAACCGAAAUUCUCUUCUCGAUUGCAACAAAUCAACAACUUCCAGCGGCUCAAAGGCAGAAUUUGCUUUUGAACUUGACUCAUGAUUUGCUACAGAAGAUGACGUCGUGCGAGGCAUUGAACGAAAUUAAAACACUCGUGUCGGGAACUGUGUUGAUUCUUCUAGUCAAUUUGAAGAAUAGUUUCGUUCUUCAGUCGGAUGGCGAGAGUUUGUUCUCGUCGCCCUCGAGUACAAUGACAAUGAAAAUUAUUUUGAAUCACAUUCUCCAGUGGAUUUUGAAUUCGGAGGCUUCGUCACAAAAAGUGCGGACACAUUUGUACGGGGCUUUUUUGAAUUUCCUCUGCGUCGUUGGACUGGAAAAAUCGGAGGCGGCGAAUGUUAUGGACUCGAUGUACGUGAGUCAGCUGGACAAUUCGCUGUAUCGAGCGCUGCCGAUGCAGGAGCGUUCGCACCGUUACGCGACGAUUCAGGUAAUUAACAGUUUCGGUGACAAGUUGAUGGACAUUUUGUGUCACAAUUGCUCCGGAGGGCACGAUGUUUGUAAAAUGCUUGCGCUCUCAUGUCUGGACAAAAUUCUCGAACUCGACUGCGACAAUGACUGGGUCAUCUACCUGGCAAGUCGAGGAUAUCUCAAGCACAUGAUUGACAGUCUUCUGGAGUCGGACAGUUUGCUGCGAUGUAUUCUUCAACCGGAUCCACAAACUCUGAGACCCUUGUAUCUUUACGAGGCGAAGAUGGCCGCUUUUUGUCGAAUGGCGUCAACGAGACUGGGAGCCGAGAGUCUUUUGGAGAAUAAAAUUUUGUCCUGCCUGUCGAGUAUGAACGUGUUCGAUCAACAUCCGGACGUUCACGUUGGAUUCGAUGGUGGCGAUUGCUCCUUUAUACCGAGUGUGGGUCAGAGAUAUCAGCAAAUCCUCUUCCCGGCGCUCUAUCUUUGCGACGCUCUGCUCACGACUCUGGGAACUGAAAAUCAAUCGUGCUCGAUGCAAGUCUGCGGAUUUCUUCAGAGUCAUCGAGACGUCGUUGAAAUGACUUUAAGGAAUGGUCUGCCACAAUCGCACUCACUAUUUUUAAAGGAGAUUGCCUAUCUUACUGGUGUUAUUGCGAGAUCUGCAAAUAUUGAUGUUUACGAUUUGGCAAUGAGUGAAACAAAUGAUUCUGGAAUGCGAGAACUGGGCGCCUAUCUUUAUCGGAUACAAAAAUUAAUGAUUGGCUUACUAAAAAAAUUCCAAUUGACUUCGCCACUUUCACAAUCGCAUCUUGCAAAAGCAGCAUCAGAGGAACAGCAUUUCGCCUCCAUACAAAUUGCAGCUAACGUUAUGCUUUACAUUCGUAAUCAGAUGCGACAAAGUCGAAAAGAUAGGAAAUUUCAAGACCCAACUUGUGGUGCUCAAAUGGGAAUUACCGUUGAUCACCUAAUGGCAGCGACUUCUCUUAUUCACACAGAAUUACCAUUAAUUGAUUCCCUUAUCAAAAAAGCUGCAAUGGUCCAAGAAAUGAGUACAACUGAUCUUAAAAAGCAUUUAACAGAAGAGGAAACAGAAUUAGAGUUAAAUAAACAGAGAAUGGUAGUGGAGCAGAGAUUAGCGCAGCAAGCGAAAGACAAACGGCAAAAUGUUAAAUACUGUUCACUUUUAGUUGAACAGAGUUUAUACAUUAUUUGGAGUAAUCUUGAUUUUUAUGUAAUGCAAUCUACAUUACGACAAAACAAAUCACAAGUUCACUCAAUGAGUAUGGAAGAUGGCGCAGUGGAUUGGCGAAUGUCAACCGAAUCAGUUUCGGAACUUAAAAACAAUCUUGUUUCAGUUUUUAAUGAUAAUUUUGUUACUCAACUUCUAUUUACUCACAGUGAAUAUACAACUGUCGAUCGAUCAUUUAUUGAAUCCCUUAUUAGGAGGAUCAAAAGGCUCCUUCAAUUUAUUGUUGUAAAAUAAUAUGCCCAUUUUCUUAAUAAGAAUUUGAAGCUUGUUGAAUAUUUAUUUCUAUAAGAAGUUUGAUAAGAUAUAUCUUUCAUAAGACUUUUUUCGAAAACUAGGACAAAUAAAUGAUACUUAACAUUUGUAAA